GCUUCUCAGCAUGUCCUUUGAGCUGCUAAUUGCCCGUGCGGUGUACGACAUCUUCAUUGCCAUACGCAUCAAGUCGUCACAGUGGUAUAAAUAGACGCCGGCUUCGAACUAGCUUACGUCAGCUAAAAUGUCUCGUGUUCCAGAGAGCGACCCGCGUUCGCCCGGAACGCCGGAUGAAGCCUGUGCUAAACAACAGCUAGAAGAAGAACUACAACGCCUCACCGUUGACGACGAACCGUGUAGACAGGCAAACAGAGCUCUACGCGAUGUCGUCGGGGGAAUCCUUGGCAAGGUGGACGAGCUUCUCGCUUCUCCCGCACUUCUCGUAGGCACAGCAGAAGGCGGGCCUAAUGCUGACCCACUCUUGUCCUACCUGGAGGCCGAAAGGAAGUACUUCGACAUCAUCAGGAAGCGCACCAGAGACAUCGUGCCGCCGCUCCAAACCCGGGGCGCGACUAGCACCCGCGCGCCUUCGGAAGACGACUCGGAUGUGCAGCGACUCGUUGCUGCGGUCCUGGAGAAAGGCGCCGAGUUCCGGGCUUGUAGCCAAGAGAAGCAUUGCGCCAAGCUCGUCGGCCUUCUCACCGAGGAUUAUUCGGUUGUUGAGGCCGUAAAGCCGUGGUCUGCGUCCGAGCCGCGUUCCGCAGAGCGUCCCACCCAACUGGACCAAAUUCUGGGCAACGUCGCGUGUUCAGCUCUUCCGCGUCUCAUCGAGAGCAGCACCCGCGAGUGGCUCAGCGAAGUCGGCGACGACGAGGACCACGACGAGACGUCGCAAGCGUCCGCAGCAGCCGCGACGGCGUCCCUUCCGAAAGACCUGGCGGGUUACGUCAGGGUCGCAGCAGCGCUGGACAUGGAGCAGGCCCGUUGUGCCUCGGAGAUCCUGGACUUACGCGCGGAGUUCGAGAAGCGAGCUGCAGUAGUGAGGGAGCUGCUGGCCCAACAAGAGCGGUUACGUCGCGUCCAAGCAUCCUGGGAGCAGCACGAAAGACUCGUGGGCAAAGUGACGCGCGGCGUCUCCGACUUGCGUGAUCACCUCGCUUCGAGAGUGAAACAGUGCGAGUCGCUGAUAGCAGUUGCUAACGCUCAGCCACUGCAAGAAGCUGCCGCGGAAUGCCUUGACGGCGAGUCUGCAGCGGAUCAUGGAGCCGCCCUAGACAAGCGCUGCGCUGAACUGACUGACGCUGCGGCUUUGAAGCUCCGCGUAGUUGAGGAAAUGCAGCGUAAAAGGGAGUCCAUGAGCAAGCUGGCCGAUAAGAUUGAGGCCGAUCUUGCCGCCGCCUCUCAGGGUAGCCUGGACACGUGGUGUGAUGGCGUGAGAGCGGAAACCCGGCGCAACGUUGAGCUGGGUUAUAUCACCGCGCUGUUCGUUGAAUUCCAUACGGACCCGCGUAGUUUCCUGCGCCGAAUGAGAGGCGAUACCGCCUCCGACCAUGCACCUGCUCCUUAAAGGUACAAAAGCUUAGAAGAAAGCUAUCAAGUCAGUGCGGCCAUCAAGUCAGUGCGAAGUACGCAUAAAGUUUAGAUGUGGUGAAACAAAGAAACUGUUAAUUGCUAAAAGCUCCCUUUUUGGUGUUCAGAGUUUUGAGUGCAAGAAUACAUUUUUUUUUUAGGAAAUAAGCAGAGCAUGUGGUCUGUAUACGUAAGUGAAGUUUUUAGUUUCGAAGAACGGUGCAUAGAAACAGAACACAUGGUACGUACAAUGUGCGGGUCUCUCUAUUUACAGAUUACGAGAUCACUAUGUAUGUAUACGUAUAUACCCAUGGUGUCGAGUAGUUUUUAAUAGCGGAGCUGUU